CUCCUCUGCUGCCAGAAGUGCCGCAGACCAGCUCACCACACGAACUCAUCAUCAUGCACGAACAGCAGCUUCCCCUGCGUCCAAUCGUCGUUGUGACCGGUUCGAAUGGAGGUGUGGGAUUUGGGAUCUGUCACCGUCUCCUGUGCCAACUCGCGCAACGGAAUCCACCAGACGCAGAACCACGAUUCACCUCCCUUCUCCCUCCCGAUGUCCAGCCUGGACGUCAGUUCGACGUGGACCACAGCGAAGUAGGCAUGACUCUUGUCAUGGCAUGUCGAAGUGCUCUGCGGGCCCAGCGUGCAAAGAUGCAGUUGGAGGAACUCUUGGAAGCUUUCGUUGAAAAAAUACCGAGAGGCACAAAGGAGUACGGAUACGCACUCAGAUACAUGGAGAACGUGCGCAUAGAUAUAUGUCAAGUGGACCUGAGCGACGUUGGGAGUGUUCUGCGGUGUGGGAGAGAGAUUACACGGAGUUAUCCGUACGUCUCACACCUAAUUUGUAACGCAGGCCUGGCGACCUACAGUCAUCUAGACUUCGGUGUAUUCUUUCGGCAGGCGUUUGCCUCACCGACCGCCGCUGUGCGGAAUCCAGCCUUUAAUAUUCAGAAAGCGGGCGUGCUCAGCAAGGAUAACCUGGGUUACGUUUGGCAGUGUAACGUUUUCGGCCAUUACGUGCUCUUUCGUAGCCUGCAAUCCGCACUUUCUGCGUAUGCUCUCCAUUGUCCAUCACGAUCACAAUCACAAUCGCCCGCGCGUGUUGUCUGGCUAUCGUCCGUCGAUGCGCUGCCAACAUACGACCCCAUCUCUGAUUGGCAGCUGACGAAAACGGACAAGUCGUAUCAAGCAUCCAAGGCUCAAAUAGACUACAUGGUAAUGGAGCUUGCACAAAAAUCGAAUCUGAUGUCGCAGGCUACAAGGCAAGAUUGUGGGACGGCUCAGGGAAAGAUUGAUCACUUGCUUGUGUCGCCGGGUAUUACCUCGACGAAAGUUGCGGCAGACUUGUUGAGGCCAAAAAUUCUGGAGUAUUGCAUGCUGGCAUUCUUUUAUUUUUGCCGCUUACUUGGCUCACCUCACCUUCUGUUCUCCACCUACAAAGCUGCCAUUGCCGCGUCGUACGCCGCGCUCACGCCUUCGACGAGUAUACCCGCCUUCACCUCCUUCGACGAACAAGCCAAUAUCGACGGCAACAUUUCCUAUGCCGAUGUCGCAAACACGGCUAUGGAUGCACGAGCGUAUCCGAAGUUCAGCGCCAUGAGCGACCGCUGGGGACAUGAGCAUGUUGGCAUUGUACCCGUCGUGCGGUGGGAGAAGCACCCAGACGAAGGUCGUGCGGCGUUGGAGAGAUGUGAAAGGCUGUAUAAGGCCUUCGUAAAGGCUGAGGGUGUCGAGGGGAAGGCAGAGAAUGGGCACGCGGACAAUUCUGGAGAGAAAAGGGCGUGAUGUGCGGUGGGCACUAGGGGAUCGGAAUGCUCUGUUCUUGGUCUGCGCUUCAAGCGUAUGUUUCCUCCCACAAUUGACCUUGGUACUGUGAUGCACGCCAGUAUAAACAAUCUUGAACAGACUUUAGUUGCAUAUUUCGUAGCACGUAUCUGUGUAUACCUCACUUACUUCGUGGAUUGCUUUGAACCCGCAUAUACAAAGUAUGAAUUUGCUG